ACUCCAGAAUAUCCUCUGCCCCGCGUUAGCACAGCUGAUGCGAGUGUUUUUAUACUCAUUAGGCCGUUUAUGGGAACAAAGUGAGAGAGCUUUGAUGUGUUAAGCAUUUUGCGAGACUUGGCUCCCUGAGUACAGCUCACAUCUGAAGCUGCGUUCUGGUUCUCGGAUAGUACGAUGUAUCCUCGUAAAGCGCACCUGUUUGCACUUGCGCUAGUUCUGAGUGUCGUGCAAGGCCAGCAAAAGCCUACACCACCUACACCCACGCCACCUACACCUAAGCCAACUACGCCACCUAAACCGACGCCGCCUACACCAAAUCCAACUGGGCCGCCGACACCGACGCCGCCCACACCAAAUCCAACUGCGCCACCUAAACCGACGCCGCCUACAGCACAGCCAAGUGCACCACCUGCACCGACACCGCCUACGCAGGCACCGGACACUGCCGACAUGGAAAAAGUGAACGCUUUUAUCAGAUUUUCAACCGAAGGAGCAAUUUAUAAAGGAGAACAUCAGAAGGUACCCAGCCUCGUCGGGAUCAUACUCAAUUCGGAUAAAAGCAUCAAAGACUGCGCCAUCAUUUACGGAACUGCAAACAUCGCAGCUGUGGAGAACAAGGCAGCUAAGAUUGAGCAGGUGACUAAGGACGAAAUAGAGGACAAGAUGAAAAGCUGUCAAGCUUUCCUGUCGGAAGGUGACAAAGGGGACGAUGAAGGACACGAAAACGGAGAGGAGAAGGGAGAAGACGAAACCGACGAGGAGGAAACUGCAGCAAAAUGGCCCAUUUACGAAGGCACGAAGUGGUGCGGAGACGGCAACAUAGCAGACAAUGCGGAAGAUUUAGGAGACUCCGAGAGGACUGAUCAGUGUUGCAGGGCUCACGAUCUGGCACAAGACAAGAUUGCUCCGAAAGAAUCGAAGCAUGGAUUGACGAAUGACAGAAAUUACCCCAUGUCCACGUGUGAGGACGACAGCGACUUUUACCGCUGCUUGAAGACGGAAGGCACUCCUGAAGCUAGAGCUGUAGGUCACAAGUACUUCGACCAGUUGUCCCCUGUUUGCUUCACUCUGGGUCACCCGUACGAAUGCAAGGAAUAUUUUACGCACGCACAGACGUUAUGUAAAGAGUACUGGUUCAACGACCAAAAGGCGAAAGUAUGGCAGCUGGUAUACAACCCACGUUUUUCUGCCGAUCACAGAGAUAUUUAAGGAUGCAGGAGCCACGUACCACGUCCGGGAUACGCCCUCGACGACGUUUUCAAACCAGGAAAUAAAUGUCUGUCUGUUUUUCA